GCCACUUUGAGAAUGGAGAGGACCAUGUGUUUUCCUCUGGUGCUGCUGAUCUGCUCUCUCUCUACGGCUCAGCUUCAGUCUGACAAUGACAUUGUUCCACAUCAUGCUGAAUCCCAGGGAGGAGAACCAACAAAUGUGUCUGAGCACCAACAGACCUGUCCUCAAGACAUCCACGCUGUGCUGAGAGAGAUGAGCGCCUCUCUGGCUGAGCAGAGGGUGGAGACGAGGCACCUUCAGAGAGAGAAUGAAGCCCAAACCGCUAAGCUGGAGUUACAGAAGACUGAGCUGGAGAAGCAGAAGACUGAGCUGGAGAAGCAGAAGACUGAGGGGGACAAGCUAAAGCAACAACUUCAAGUACAAGCAGCAGAGCUGAUCUCUGUGAAAGCCAGGUCAAAUGUCACAGAGAACCAGGUGGAGGCUCUGAGGAGAGACGGAGAAGUCAAACAGGUGGCUUUCUCAGCCUCUCUGUUGGCUUCAGGCUCAGGAACUAUCGGACCAUUUAACACUGAAACUAAUCUGGUCUUCAGAUACGUCUUCUCAAACAUUGGGAAUGCCUACAACCCAAACACAGGUUUUUUCUUUGCACCGGUGAGAGGAGCCUACCACUUUGAGUUCUACAUUGGUGCUCACGGACAUUCUUCACUUCCAGCAUGUGCUGCGUUGAUCAAGAACAGUGAGACUGUUUCUCGUGCACAUGAACAUCAGACGUCAGGUUUUGGGAAAUCUUCUAAUGGUGCCACGCUGCUGCUAGAGGUCGGAGAUGUUGUGUUUUUGCGUUUGUGUGGAAACUCAAGGAUAUUUGACAAUGAAAAUCAUCAUAAUACCUUCAGUGGUCAUCUGCUUUUCACCAUGUGAAAGGGAAUAAUUGUUCUGCUAUAACAGUGUAUCAGUACUUUUUUUACUUUAUUAUUAAAUCUGAUUUACCAUUCUGCACAGCAACAACAGUAUUUUGACGAGAAAAGUCUCAUGACAUGAUCAAUCUCUCUCUUGGUUUGCAGGAGAAAACACAGUGAUAGACAUUGAGGAAAUGCUUUUCUUUUAACAUCAGGAUUCAACCUCUCUCUUUUACUGCUAAUUCUGUGCUGUUUAUUUUAUUUGUUCAUUAGAAACAUCAAUGAUCUCGUGCUGUUGAUGUGAAAGGGGAAAUAUCCUUUGAUUCAGAUUUGUUGAUAAGUAUCUAAUUAUCUGGACAUAUAAGAGUAUUGCAUUACUACCAGAACAAUGAAAGUCUCUGACAGUAUUGGUACUAUACUUCAAUGACAAAGCUUCAGAGUAACAACCAUGUAUACACUUUAAAUAUGUUAUUUUCAUGAACUCUUACAUUUGAAUAAAAGCAAAGACAUACUGUAUGACUGUAAUACUAUC